UAGUUUAACAACAUAUAAGCCAGAAUUUCUAAGUGAAGAAUUUGGAGACUUUAUAGAAUUGCUUACUAGAUGGAACUUAUCAGAUACAUGCAGUAGUGAUAUACUCAAAUUUGCAUGUAAGGCAUUAUAUCAUAAAGGUCAAAAGAUUUAUUGUGAACAAUAUAAUGGAAAAUGGUAG